UUCCAGAUAUAUAAAUUUUUAACUUAUUCGCCAAUGAUGUUUUAAUUAACGGUUAAGUGAUAUUUCCACAGAUUUAAAGAAAGGGAGGAGGAGGACCUAAACCAGAUUUGGGAGCAGGAGCAGAAUUGGGAGCAGAUGAUGGGAGCAGGAGGAGGAGGAGGUGCAGAUCAACAACAAGACCAGGGAUCCUCCUUCCCUCCCUCCUUGUUUACUUGCAAUAGAGAAGACAGUAUCACCCCUGCAACUGUGUUUGUGAAUCCUAAUGAAAUUCACCAGUAUAAACCCGAGCAGAGGGAUCAAGAUCAUGAUCAGCAACAGCUUCAACAGCAACAUCAGGGGGUUCAAGAACAUCAAGCUACUCAGUAUUAUCAACUCACACAAGCUCAGGGGCAUCGCCAACAUGUUCAGGGUUACCAUCAGCAGCAGGGUCAGGGACACCAACAAGUCCAUCUUCAAGGUGCUGAUCAGCAAGAUGAAGUUGUUGGUCCAAGAGGAGAGAGGUUUGGGAGUCUUGGUAACCUUCAGUUUACGAUCAUAGAGGCUUCCAAUCCCUCUAGACGUGGCUCGGUAGAAGAGCAAGUUAUCUACACAGAUACCUUUCCUGUAUCAGACUCAUCAGAUCUGGUUGAAGACAACAGUAACAGCAGCCAUAGUUUUGUAUAUAUGGAUCAGGGGCACCAGCAGAACAUCCAGGGGCACCAGCAGGGGGUCAGGGGGGACUUGGAUCCUGAUCAGGGAAACUCACAGCUGAAGGUCGAUAUUGUCCCAACCAAAUCCGAGUAUAUUUGGCCAGAUGAGACACCGUACAUGACCACAGGCAAUGAACCUUCUCCUACCGGCCUAGAUGUAUCGACUAAAGGUUUUGCCGGAGUAUAUCAGUUCCAGAUGAAGUAUAUUCAACCCUCCUCUAGUUCUAAUAGUAAAUGGGAAUACAGUAAACUCCUGAGUAAACUUUAUAUAGACAUGAACACAUGGCUCCAGAUUGAGUUUUAUAUCGGAGAGCGCCCACCCCCUGGGUUGAUAAUACGAGCUCUACCUGUGUUCUGUGAACCUGCUCAUAUCAGGGAACCGGUUAGAAGGUGUCCGGCGCAUCGAUCUCUAGAGGACCCGGUAAACGUAGGGUUUGAGCAUUCUCUAGAUCAUAUAAUUAGGAUACAAGGAGAGGAUGAUAUAAUGUAUGACGAGGAUGCUACCUCGAAGAGGCUCUCUACCUACUUCCCUACUGGACAGCCUCAUAAGGGAACGGCUGUUUGUAACAGAAUGAUUAAGUUUAUGUGCCUGGGAUCCGAUGUUGGAGGAAUGGCACGGAAACCUAUUAAAGUUAUUUUUACCCUUGAACUACAGGCUAGAGUUGUGGGUAGAAACGUUGUUGAUGUGAGAAUCUGCAGUUGUCCUAAGAGAGAUUUAAACCAGGAGGAGGCUAAGUUUAUUAGAACUAGGGAGAAAACCAGGGAACUUGCUGACAAGUAAGUGAUAUUCAUGUAAUGAAGGGG